AUGGAUCAAUAUUUUAAGAGUUAUGAAGAACUAGAUAUUCAUCAAUUAAUGCUAAAUGACAAAACGCGUGUCUUAGCAUAUAAAAAUGCUAUUUUUAAUUUGAAAGAAAAAUUUCAAGGUAAAACUGUAAUGGAUAUAGGUGCUGGUUCAGGCAUAUUAUCAAUUUUUUGUGCUCAAGCUGGUGCAAAAAAAGUUUAUGCAGUAGAAGCAAGUGCUUUAGCAGAGGCUAUUGAGCAAGUGCUGAUUGAAAAUAAUGUGCAGAACAUAAUUCAAGUAAUUCACAGUAAAGUGGAAGAUAUUCUUCCAGACAGCUUGGAAAAAGUGGACAUAAUUGUUUCAGAAUGGAUGGGUUUCUAUUUAGUACACGAAGGAAUGCUAGAUUCUGUACUUUUUGCAAGAGAUAAUUUCUUACAAGAAGAUGGUUUAUUAUUUCCAUCCAUAGCAAAGUUAUAUAUUUCACCAUGCCAGUUACCAUCUAUGUAUGAUUUUUGGGAAGAUGUUUGUGGAGUCAGUAUGAGGUAUUUUGGAAAAGAAUACAGAAAACUCAAAUCUACAAAGCCAGAUGUACUACAAAUAAAUCAAGAUGAUCUUUUGGCGGAAGGUAAAUUAAUUGCUUGGCUGGAUUUGAAGUGUAUUUCUGUGGAAGAAUUAAAUCUAUUAGGUGGAGAAGAUUAUAUAUCAGUAUGUAAAAAGGAUGGAAGAUAUCAAGGGAUGUGCAUAUGGUUUGCAGUUGAAUUCCCAGAUGGUUCAGAGCUAUCCACAGGGCCUCAUAGUGAAGUAACACAUUGGAAGCAAACUGCAAUUGUUCUACCAGAAAAUAUAGAAGUAAUGAAAGAUGAUCCUAUUGCUUUCAAACUGGAAUUAAGAAGAGAUGUGUUAAAUCCAAGGCAUUAUAUUAUGGAAUUAAUUAUGUUGGAUGCAGAGGUGAUAGAGCAUAGUAUUCCAUGCGAUUGCUGCUUGAUAAAAUGUGUAGUGAUAAGAACUAUGUUACAGGCACAAAAUGCCAACUAAAAUACAAGCAGCAAAAAUGCUGCUUUAUAUAUAUUUUAUAUAAUAUACUAAAAUAGAU